AUGCCGGACAAGACCUGGGACGUCCUCGGGGACCUCCCCUCCGACGCGUCCGCGACGAGCUCCGACGAAGACGACGACGGGGACCGCGGCGACGGAUCGCGCGGAGGAUCUCGCGCGGAUCUCGCCGCGCCCGAGCCGCGACGGGUGCGGGAGGUCACGUACGAGGACCUCGUGCGGCGGAGCUACGGCGGCGUCGUGGCGGCGAUGGACGAGGACGCGAGAAGGCGGAGGGGGGAGGAGGCAGAGGCGAGCGCGGCGGCGAAGGACGACGAAGGCGAGGGGACCAGAGGGAAGAGGCGCGACGAGCGCGAGGGCGAUUCGGAAGAUUCCGACUCGGACGCCAAGAGACCGCAACUCGUCCAAAACGCCUUCGGCAACUGGGAGAUGUGCGGACGCAAGCGGGUGCGACGCGAGGAGGAGUUCCUGGCGGAGGCGGCGGCGAGGCGGGAGGCGCGCGGGCCCACCCAGGGCGAGCGACGAUCGGCCGCGCUCAAGGAGGAGCUGGCGCAAAGGAUGGCGCGCGAAGAAAAGUUUGACCUCUCGCGCAUCGUCAACGCAAAGGCGACAAACGACAACCCGCGAUGA